AUGGAGGUCGUUAAGGAGACCUUGCAGGCCUUGGUAACUCGGCCGCUGCGGUACCGACAGAUUUAUCGUCAGGCAGGGGUGGCGCCCUCGACGGGAGUGCUCCUCCACGGUCCACCAGGAACUGGGAAAACGAUGCUCGCGAAGGCGAUGGCAACGGAAUUGAACGCAGCUUUUCUUUACCUGGAUCUGCCCGAACUCGUACAGUCGGCUGUGGGGGAAUCGGAGCGGAGGCUGAACGAGUUUGUUUCCCUUGCACGGGAGCGGAGUCCUGCGAUCAUGUUCAUGGAUGAGCUCCAGGCCGCCUUUGGCGUGCGUUAUGCGGGGGGUGAGUCACCAGGUCUCAGUCAAGGGCACUCUGCGCACGACGCGCGGUUGGUGGCUCAUUUAUUAUACCUCCUGGACGAGAUUCAUGCGGACGAGGACCACGUUGUUGUGUUUGUGGGGGCUACAAAUGUUGUGGAUAUGCUCGACCCGCUUCUUCUGCGGCCAGGAAGGCUGGAUACACAUAUUGCAGUCCCCUUGCCCGACACCACCGCGCGAGCAAGCUUAGUGCGGCAUGUGAUAAACGGGGAGUGGUCAUCCUGGAUGACGUCUAGUGCGCUUCCCUCUUCGGACGAACAGGAGCCUGUGCUCACACUCAACGAGAUCUUAAUUACUGAAUUCGUCCGACGAUCGCUUGGGUGGAGCGGCGCGGAGUUACGCAACGCGAUGAACCUCUUUGCACUCAAAGUGCUGCAAGAGGUGCAAAAUGUUGAUCUUUUUCUAAGUGAAAAAGAGAAUCCUACCGUUAGGAGAGGCAUAGUACAGACUGCUUUGCUCCGUGCCCAUCCCCUAACGUCCUACAGUGGUGUGGAGCUUAGUGAUUUGGCUUUGCAAGCACUGGAUAGCGCAUUUACGCGCUAA